UAAAAAAGUAGUGUCAAAUUUGAAUUUUCUGAUUUUCAAACUGCUCGAAUUCAAAAAUAUGUUGCAAAAAACGGGUUCUACGGACUCAUGGGAGUUUCCGUGGAAUACUGUAACCAAGAACAAUCGGCCUCAGAUAGUUCUACCGAACCAGAGUGGUAGAAAUGUUGGUGAAAUAUCUUUUAUUUUAUGUUGUCUCGGUGUGUUUAUGCUGAGUUCCAGUCUAGUUCUAAUUGGAAUUUCUACAUGGUCAUUAAUUAAAAAAUCAUUUUACAGUUAUUUGUUGGAUAUCAGAGUAGAUAUCCCAUACUUUAGUAUACCUGCUGCUCUUAUAUUGCUUCCUGGAUUUUGGAUUGCCAUGUCGAUUCAUAAUGAUGAAAAAAGACGCCAAUUUACUCUAUUGUUGUUGUUAAUAAUAUUUUUAUCAAGUGGUUUGUUGAUAACCGGAUCAACAGUUGGAUUAAUGUAUUCCGUGAAAAUAAGCCCAAAUGUUUCGCAAUUAUAUUCAUCGUUAACAAACGAAGAUUUGAAUAAAACAAUAAGCUUUACGUUUCUAAAAUACAACACCAGCGAAAAUGACAAAAGCACAUGGGACAACAUGCAACUCCAUCUGGAAUGCUGCGGAAUUUCAAGUUAUACUGACUGGGAAAUUGUAGGACUGAAAAUACCAUUGUCUUGCUGUCAUGAUAAAGAAUGCAACUCGACAAACUCUUUUUCAAGAUCUUGCUUGGAUUCGAUCAGCAGAGAUUUAGUAUGGCAGCAGAACAUCUUAAAAUCCCACUGUUACAUAAUGAUAGUAGCGCAGAUUGUUAAUGGAAUAGUGUCGUUUGGAUCAUACAUUUCAGGUAAAUUUGAAAAAUGAAAUGUAAUAGGUAAAUUAUGCAAUUAAAUAGG